GCAACACGAUACAAGAAACGGCCAGCAGCGAGAAGCCUAUAAUCACACCCUCUCCAACUGCUUCCACGUAUUUAACACACCUACUCUUCCUCUUCCACUACCGACCGUCUUCUCCAUCUCUCUUCACCCAGGAAAUCCGACUCCAACCUAUUGCCUUAACUCAUCGAAAUGUCAGCAAUGUCAGGGAAGGUUGUCCAUAAUGUUUGUGUAUCACAGUGCUACCAACAGAAUAGGCAAAUCAUCGGCACCCAAUAUCGAAGGGACCGUUGUGCCCCUAAUGUACGCAACUUUCUUCCCUUUCAAGGAGGGAAGUUGGCAUGGACUGGCAUUUCUUCCAUGCAACUGCACACAUUAUCAAAACACCGGAGUGGUUUUGUUAAUCAUGGAACUGUUCACUGCAAUGCUGCUCCCACUACUUCUGUAGUGCCAUCUCUUGACAAAGUUGAUUUUUUGAAGCUUCAAAAUGGCAGUGAUAUACGAGGUGUUGCUGUUGCUGGUGUUGAGGGAGAGCCUGUCAACCUCACUGAACCAGUCGCAGAAGCAAUAGCAGCCGCCUUUUCUGGAUGGUUAGUUGAGAAAAAGAAAGCUGAUGCCUCUGGUCGUUUGGGAGUUUCCAUUGGUCACGAUUCCCGAAUAUCUGCUCAAGUGUUACAGGAUGCAAUUUCACGAGGUAUUGCCGGUGCAGGCCUGAAUGUUGUUCAAUAUGGAUUAGCAUCUACACCAGCAAUGUUUAACAGCACACUUACUGAAGAUGAUGCUUUUUUAUGUCCAGUUGAUGGAUCCAUUAUGAUAACAGCAAGUCAUCUGCCUUACAACAGGAAUGGAUUCAAAUUUUUCACAAAUGCUGGAGGGCUUGGGAAAGCUGACAUCAAAGACAUCUUAGAGCGUGCUGCAGAUAUAUAUAAUAACCUUACAACAGAAAGUUUGAUGACUUCAAAGGAACAAGCUCAUGCUUCAAUAAAGAGAGUUGAUUACAUGACUAUAUAUGCAUCUGAUCUUGUAAAGGCUGUCCGCAAGGCUGCAGGAAACAUAGAGAAGCCGUUGGAGGGAUUCCAUAUAGUUGUCGAUGCAGGGAAUGGAGCUGGAGGCUUUUUUGCAGCAAAGGUGCUUGAGCCUCUGGGGGCGGUUACUGCUGGUAGUCAGUUCUUGGAGCCAGAUGGUAUGUUCCCAAAUCAUAUUCCAAACCCGGAGGACAAGACAGCAAUGAAAGCUAUAACUCAAGCAGUUCUUCAUAACAAGGCUGAUUUGGGCAUCAUCUUUGAUACUGAUGUUGACCGAUCUGCUGCUGUUGAUUCUACCGGCCGUGAGUUCAACCGGAAUCGCUUGAUUGCCUUGAUGUCUGCCAUUGUUCUUGAGGAACAUCCUGGAACAACUAUUGUUACAGACAGUGUGACUUCAGAUGGUCUGACCACAUUUAUUGAGAAGAAACUUGGUGGGAAGCACCAUCGGUUCAAAAGAGGCUACAGAAACGUCAUUGAUGAAGCUAUUCGUUUGAACUCUAUUGGGGAGGAGUCGCAUCUGGCUAUUGAAACCAGUGGCCAUGGAGCUCUCAAGGAGAAUCACUGGCUUGAUGAUGGUGCAUAUCUCAUGGUCAAAAUCUUGAAUAAACUUGCUUCAGCCAGAGCUUCAGGAGUGGGUGGUGGCAGCAAAGUUUUAACUGAUCUGGUACAGGGUCUGCUGGAACCAGGUGUUGCUGUAGAAUUGAGAUUGAAGAUCAAUCAGAAUCACCCAGCACUAAAAGGAGGAUCUUUCCGAGACUAUGGACAGGCAGUGCUGAAGCACUUGGAGAACUCUGUUGAAUCAGAUCCAAAGCUUCAAAAAGCCCCUGUUAACUAUGAAGGGGUCCGAGUGUCUGGCUUUGGGGGGUGGUUCCUUCUUAGACUCUCACUACAUGAUCCUGUACUUCCCCUUAACAUCGAGGCACCAAGCAAUGAGGAUGCUGUCAAACUUGGGCUUCAUGUUCUUGCUGCUGUCAAGGAGUUCCCAGCACUGGAUACGUCUGCCCUGGAUAAAUUUGUCCAAGCAUAGCUGGCAAAUUAGUCGGCUUCCAUGCGACACACGUCUCUUGAAAGGACCCUUUUCUUAAUGCGGAUGAUCUGCAACUUUGACUCUGGCUUAUGAGAUGCUACAGGAAGUUCCAGGCCCUUGAUAUAAUUGCCCCCAAAAAUGGCACUUUGAAUAUGGCGAUAUUAAUGGAGUGGCAAUUUCAUUGUCCAUUGUGAUAUAUUGCUGUCUUGGAUUGCUAUUCCGUGUACUCAAAACUUGUUUACUCAUCAAGACAUAUGAUGGGCGCCACCGGCCUCCUUCCUUUGAUUGAAUGGGGUCUGCAGUUAGUUCUGGUUUAAAACGGAGGUUUGAACCUUCUUUUCCUGUUGAA